AGGAGCAGCAGAGGGACAGUCAGACACGAGAGCGCAGCGCAGGACACGGCACCGCGGGGACAAAAGUGAACAGCGCGGGAUGGAAAGGCUGGAGAAGCUGCUGUGCACUGUGAUCGUCUCCCACUACCUCUGGAACAUCCUCUUCGUCGCGUGGCUCUUCCUCAUAGGGACCCCCACUGAGCAGACAAACUAUGGAUUGCUCUUUUGAAGUUGGACCUCCUGAUCGCGUGCGCAUUUAGGGCGGUAUGGACUGUGGCGCAAAGGGCGCGCGUCAUGAGGAAAGCAGAGAGUCUCCAUUAGACUGUCAGCGCCUUUCAGAGCAGAACAGGAUGGUCUCUGCCUGAGCAAGUACGCACCAUGUUAUAGUUAUUAUGGGACAGUCCUGUAGUUAGGUUUAGCGCGCGCCUUCGCUUGGAUCGACAGUAGAAGUGUGGACUUUAUGCGCGCUGACCACUUGUCCGUCUCCUCCGCUCCGCUGCUGCAGGAUCCACCGCGCUCCAGGCUCCUCAAAGCUGCUUAAAGACCCAAGUUUUUAAAGCUGGUGUGAGUAAACUGCGUGUGCGCCAUGGCUUUACCAGACAGUGGCAUUUCUGGAGAGGAAGUGCCCUUUCCAGAGAUUAUAGAACUGAAUGUCGGCGGGCAGGUGUACAUCACCCGCUACUCCACCCUCACGAGUGUGCCAGACUCUCUGCUCUGGGAGAUGUUCACCCAGAAAUCCUCCAAAGGACUGGCCCGGGACACCAAGGGCCGCUUUUUUGUGGACAGAGAUGGUUUUCUGUUUCGGUACAUCCUGGACUACAUGAGGGACCAGCAGCUGGUUCUCCCUGAUCACUUCCCGGAGCGCGGGCGUCUGCAGAGAGAGGCCGAGUUCUUUCACCUGCCUGAGUUAGUCAAGCUCCUGGCUCCUAAACUGAGUAAGCAGAACUCACUGGGCGAUGAAGGCUGUCAGAGCGACCCGGAGGACGCCUCGCCCGGCAUAGACACGGCUCGUACCUUAAGCUCCCUGGGCGCUGCGGCCGCCUGCUCCAGCCUCAUGCCCAGUGCCCUGGAUGGAAAACGCUCAGGCUUCAUCACCAUCGGCUACAGAGGCUCGUACACGCUGGGCCGGGACAGCCACACCGACGCCAAGUUCCGGCGGGUGGCUCGAAUCAUGGUGUGCGGAAAAACCUCUCUGGCCAAAGAGGUUUUUGGAGAAACCCUGAACGAGAGCCGGGACCCCGACCGCCCCCCUGAGCGCUACACGUCCCGUUACUAUCUGAAGUUCACCUUCCUGGAGCAGGCCUUCGACAAACUGGCCGACGCGGGCUUCCACAUGGUGGCCUGUAACUCCACCGGGACCUGCGCCUUCGCCCACGAGCAGACGGACGACAAGAUCUGGACCAGCUACACUGAAUAUGUGUUCUACCGUGAGUGAGAUUCUGCCUCUGUUUCCCCCAAAGCAAACCCCCCCGUACAUCUCCACGUGCCCCUCCAGACGCCCUCCGCCCUCUGAAGGCUCCAGUAGACGUGUCGUAGGUGUUUUUACCGCAGCUCCCUCUGAACACAAACUCAUCUGUCCUCCAAGUUCACUCUUUCCCCUUUCUCCCCAAACCCUCCUGCUCCUGUGGUCCAGCGUUUUGCCCCCGCUCCAUCGCAGAUAGACCCCACAGAGACCCCACAGAGACCCCACAGAGACCCCACAGAGACCCCACAGACUGCCUCCUCCCGUGUACUCUCCUGUUUGACUUUUCAUCGCAUUCGCCUGAAGCACAAUCCAGAACCACGAGCUUGUUUUAAUGGAGGAGUCCACCGUGUUGGGCAUUUUCAACACGUUUUAGGGGCAGAUGUGUAAAUGUUUAUGUGAAAGGGCUUCAAAGAGCAGUCCCCACGUUACACCGGAGCAGAAUUUACCUCCUGCUCCUGAAAUAAACUACCAAAUAACGGGACGUGUCGUAUCUGCCAUAGCCAUGAACAGCUCUGCAAAAGAAACAAGUGUACUACAAAUAUCAAAGUUAGAUUUUUUCUGUUUUCUUUUUAUUAAAUGUGUUCAUGUGGCUGUAGAUGUGCCAUAGUCUGGAUCACUGUUUAUAUUCAGAGACAGUGCUGUGUGUGGACCUGAAAAGACUCCGUUCAGUAUUUUACCUGAGUUGGAUUCUCGUUGGGGCUUCGUUUAACAAAUAUUCUAUCCAGUUUUGUGUCCUCAUAGCAGACCGCGGUGUAAAAACAUGUAAACGAGUCGCUUUUUAUGAAUCAGUAGAACCGUAGCCAACCAAAACCCAGUGUUUCCGUCGCCGCUGUAGCACAGGUCGUAGUUUUCAUUGCGCAUUCAAGAUCAAGGGUAAUUUUCGCCUCAGGACUGGUCUGCACGCCGUAUACCUCAGACCGACGGCACUCACCACGAGUAAACUCCAAACGGAGACGCCGCACACGCCGAGCGAGAGCAGAGGUCGUGUUUGUUAUGAGUAGAUUUUCAUUUCCACGAGUGUCGGGCUCGUCCCAUCUGGCUCUUGGUUCUAAAUGUGUUGUGUGUGAAUCUGCAGUGCUGUGAUUUGCUGUGAUGAAGUUGCUGUUCUGACUCUGACUCUGCGGCUCACACUCUCCACUCAAGUGUUUGGCAAAAUAAGAAUAAAACAUCUUUU